CUCUGGGCAGGCAGUGUGCGCGGAGCCCGGAAGGCUGCCGACGCAGCAGGAUUGUCCCUCGGCGACUGCCGUGGUGCGGCCCGGCGCGUUGCCGUGGAGACUGGUUAGGAGAACUGAAGAGGGCUGCAGCGCGCUGAGCGGACCGUACUUCCUGGCUAGGAUUGCGGUGGUCCCCACGCGAUCGCCGGGCGGUAACCGGUUCUCCAUGGACACAGCCUAGCAGGAAGAUGCAGCCUUCAUGCCUCGUUGGCCGCUGACCUACCGGCCCAAUGACAGCAUCCCCGUGUGCCUUCCCGGUUCAGUUUCGGCAGCCCUCGGUCAGCGGCCUCUCACAGAUCACCAGCAGCCUGUAUAUCAGCAAUGGGGUGGCUGCCAACAACAAGCUCAUGCUCUCCAGCAACCACAUCACCACGGUCAUCAACGUCUCGGUGGAGGUGGUGAACACGGUGUACGAGGACAUCCGCUACGUGCAGGUGCCUGUGGCUGACACACCCGGCUCGCGGCUCUGUGACUUCUUUGACCCCAUUGCAGACCACAUCCACAGCGUGGAGAUGGAGCAGGGCCGCACCCUGCUGCACUGCGCCGCUGGCGUGAGCCGCUCAGCCGCCCUCUGCCUCGCCUACCUCAUGAAGUACCACGCCAUGUCCCUGCUGGAGGCCCACACGUGGACCAAGUCGUGCCGGCCCAUCAUCCGGCCCAACAAUGGCUUUUGGGAGCAGCUCAUCCACUAUGAGUUCCAGCUGUUCGGAAAGAACACAGUGCACAUGGUCAGCUCCCCUGUGGGAGUGAUCCCUGACAUCUAUGAGAAGGAGGUCCGUCUCAUGAUCCCACUGUGAGCCAUCCUGUCAGCCCCUGCGGCGAGGUCAGAUGUACAGAUCUGCCAUUGAUCCUACACCAAGAUUUGCCCUUAAAUGGUCUCCCUUUGUUGAUACAGAAAAACCAGACGAUGCCUUUAUACAGGCAAGAAGAAAGGAAGGGUGCUGCAGCUUUUAACCUGAUCAUUCCUAUCGUUAAAGAUUAAACUAAGUGUAAGAUGGUAAAGAGAAGUUUCCUACCCCGUGAGUGACAGCUUGUGGCUGCUGACCAGAGGGGGAGGGGGAGCCAGGUGGUACCCAGGUCAGAUGGGCCAGCACCCAGUGUGUAAGGCAGGCCUGGAAUCCUGCAGCUCUCCCCCCAGGAAUGAGUCCACCACAAUCUCAUCUCACUCUUUCACAUCUGAAGCCAGCCUUAAGCAUCACAUCAUCUCCUGUGCUUCCCACAGUAAGUGCCAACCUACUGGAUAAGUAGCCUUCAAGCGUGCUCUGGGAGCCCAAGGGGCCCCAUGCAAAGCCAGCUUCCACCUUCAACCACAGGGGCUCAACUCUGGUUUUCUACAUUGGCCUUACGCGUAAGAUAGUUUUCAAAAGAAGCAUUCCAUUAGAUACAAAUUUUUAAAAAACAUUUCUUUUUGAGCACUGUUGUACGUGGCAAGGUCCCCUUACCACCUUUUGGUUAAAGGUGACAUUAGUCUUUGUCUCGGGGCCCAUGUGGAGAGCGGGCCUGUCAUCAGGCUCCAGAGGUUCCCCUCACAGGCCUCGGCUCAGAAGGCUGGAGCUGCGGCCUGGAACCCAGCCUUGCCAGCUCCUGCCCGUGUGAUCUGGGGCCUCCUGGAGCCUCAGUUUCCUCACCCAAGCAGUGACAGCCCUUUUCCUCACAGGGUAGUCAUGAAGAUUCCAUGAUUCCUUAGCGCGGUGCCUGGUACGUGGCAGGUGCUUAGUGUAACCCGCAGCUCUCGUCACGAAUGAUGCUCUGACCCCGCUGGUCCAAGUCGGCAAGUCAUCCUCACAACAGCCUUUCCCCCAUCUGUGUAUAGCCCAUUACUGCUUACAAAAUGCUCUUCCAAAAAGUCAUCCUGCGUGGGAAAAAAGUGGUUUAAGGCCUUUCCAACUCUGCCUUGGAGGAGGCCUAGACCUCGAAGCCUCUUCAGAAUUCCCAUUAUGUUUCAUCCACGUGUGACCUGGGAACCGAGCUUCCCCCAAAGGGCCUUGUUUAGAUCGCUGAUCAUCAGAGCCAGCGAUGUGGCUGGGGUCCACAGGGUGUGUCCCAAAAGGACAAACAAGUAGGCCCUGCCAGUGGGCCGCAGAAUCCAGGAGUGUUCAUACCCCAGCCCCAGUGCCUGAGAAUCUGGGUCAAGACCAGCUCUUCUAAUCCAGAGAUUUUUAGAUGAACAUUAUACGGGCCAGACAAAAGCACAACUGCUCUGUGGGUCCAGAGCCCACUGAAGGCCAAAUGCUCCUUCUCUCCAAACCUAUCCCACCCCUACUUCCACACAGGGCCUGCCCAGGGCUGCAGUUUAAGGGUCGGGGGGAAGGAACAUCGCUGCUCUAGGCUGAUCUCAUUUGAGAGUUGAAUGAAUAAGCAGACCCACAAAGACCAGAGCUGGUGUGGCAGUGCACCCAUAAAGCAGAAGAAGCCCAUCUGGAGGAAACCCAGACGGGAAAUUUCUUUGAAAGCAUUUUUUUUAAAAAGCUUAUUUGGAUAUAUUUUGUUUCAGUUUUUAAAACUUUUAAAAUUAACAUACCAUAAA